CGGUCUUGGGCUGAGCCGGCCGCGGGGCAGGCUGGGAGCUGAAGGGCAAGCGCGACCGCGACGGCCCCGCAACUGCUUCCGGGUCAGAGGUGAAGGGGGGGGCUUCUCUGGCCCGGCGGCGCGAGACGCGAUGGCGAUGACGCGGGGGCGGCGCGCGAUGCUGGAGAAAGAAGCCGUUGCCCCGGAGCCGCCCGCGGGCGCCGCCGCCACCUCCGAGGAGGACGAGGAGGCGCCCGAGGAGGUGACCUUCGAGCGGGCGAGAGCCGCGGCCGAGACCGAGCGGAGACGCGCCGGGGACACAGCGCGGAGGGACAGGGAGCUGCUGAAGGAGAAGCGGCGGCGGCGAGAGGAGCUCUUCAAAGAGCAGAAGAAAAGAAAAUUACUUCCUGAAAAUGUUCUAGAGGAGUUAACUUCAGGACCACAGAUUAACAACAAUAAUCUGUCUGACACAACCAAACAAGGUGAAAAUCGAAAUGUGUCUGAAAAUAAGAAUGAAGAACGUAACACGGGACAGGACAACGGAGGAAACAAACGGGUUGUUAGAUUGAAAGGAAACUAUAUGGCCGUACGCUUAAAAGACCAAGAUCUAACCAGCCAGCACCAAAAAAUGGCCAAAGACUUUGUACAGAGUCAUCUAUAUGGACCAGGCACCAACCGAACAACUGCAAACCAGUUCUUUUCUUUUGUGACCAAGAAGAGUCCAGUUAAAAAAGCUGCAGUUCAGUUUGUGAACAAAUAUUGGGGGAAAAGAAUAUUGUCCCAAAACAUCUCCCCAAUACCUUGGUUCCUUGGUAUUGGCCAUUUUGGGGACCCAAUCCUGAAAGAAAUCUUUCCUAAACCCCCUCUUCUGGUCUUCAAACCCCCAACCUCACCUCAUCAGAUGCAAGCUACCCACACACCAGGACACACCAACUCAAAGAAGCACCAGAACAAAUGCAAAACCUGCAGACAUAUCCCCACUGCUACAAUUAUCAGCACACUUUUCCGUACCCAUGGGUCUCUCUACACAGGCUUAUCAAAACAUGUGAUGUACCUCAUCCAGUGCACUAAAUGCCUCAGUAACAACUAUGUGGGUGAAACCUCACAGACAAUCACUACACUCUUGAAUGAACUCACACAAGCAAAAUUAUAAGAGAGACACCAUAUCACCGGUGGCUGAACACUUAAAACAAUCACUCUCUCAGUCCUCAUCCUCCAAGGAAACCUGGACAACACUUUCAAAGACAAGUCUGGGAGCUAGACACUAAAAAUCAUGGACUGAACAGAGUCACUAGAUGCGUAGCUUAUUACAACAAUCUGUAACCCACUAAACAACCUCUCCCACCCCCCCCAACCCCCCACCUCCCAGCUGCUGUCCCCUACUUCCUUUCCUCCCUACCACCGGAGAGGUGUUAAACAGGCCACCUCAUCUUGACCGGCCUCUUGAAAUAUGCGUUAACUACUUAUGCUAACCAAUCUGUUCAAAUCUUGUAGUUUCCCAGACCUGAAGAAGCGCUCUUUGAAAGCUUGUCUCUCACCAACAAAAGUUGGUCCAAUAACAGAUAUUGGUUGUAUUGCUAUCAAUGAAUAUUGACUUUUCAGGGAAAAAUGAACUAAACAAAAAGCACGAUGGUUUCCAACUGAAGUUAUGUGCUGGCUUAAAAUAUCUAUUACAACAUUCCCCUCCCCUGCUUGUUGUCAGAUUAACAUCAUGCCAGAUAGUUAUGAGAUUUACAUAUAGUACAAUACUAGCAAAAUGGAAAGUUAAGAUUUCAGUCAUGUCACUAAUUUUCAAUUUGGGAAGCAUUGCAAGUAAAAACAUAACCUUGUUGCCAUCACUUUUUAUUAAAAAUGUAAGAAAUAUCACUGCAGACCCA